CUGUCAUUGGUUGUUGAUGUACUCUGCAUGCCUGCAAGAGUCUGUAUAAUUGGCUGGAGCCUUGCAUUGAGCACAGCAGCUGCAGUUGUGAAGAACUACCCCCCUCUCUCUCUCUGCCCUGUCUCUCUUUUUCCUACUUCUUCCCUUCACAUUAAUAACUGUCUGGGAAUCAUUGGCGUCGACCACACGUGCCAGCCUUUCAAGCGAUUUCAAGGACACUGCUUUUCACACUAUAUCGCAGCUUCAUGUCAAGUUAGUCAAUUACUUUCUGAUCCAUGGAGCUCAGGGGAGUUGACGUCUCUGUCCUGACUGCAAUCUCCCUCCAUCCCAUCUCCUCCCCCCUCUCUCUCUCUUUUAUCACUUAAUCAAGACAUAGCUUGCCCUUUCCUGUUCAUUGCUGCCUCCCUCCCAUAUGCUCUGUUCCCUUAUUUGUUUGUCCUCGCUUUAUUCUCUUUGGCUCUCUGCCUUCCGCCCUCCUGCCUCGUGGUCCUCGUCACCCUCCGUUUAAACAAGCUCUACACGAGUCUACGGCACGACAACAAGCAAGGACAUGCAGAAGAGAGGUCAGUGAGGAGGAUGACAACAGAAGAAUAGACAGCGGCGAAGGAGGGAUGAGAAAGAGACUGAAAUAAGAGGAGGAAGUGGAACUCCAAAGUGCCUACUGCGAGGGGUCGUCUGCUGCUGUCUGACACUGCUGGAUGAGAGCAGGACGGGGCUCAGUGUGUGUUCGGCCUUGUAUGGAGGCUAUAUUUUAUCUUGACAGCUACAGAGUCAUCCAUCCCACGUUGCUGAGCUGCAGUCCCAACAUACCCUGAGCUAAAUCGCCACCUCAUCAGCGCAAGGACACCAUCCCUAUAAGGUUCUGCUUUUUGUUCUUCUAUAGAAAAUCUUCUUUUUCAGGCUGCUUUAACAUAACUAGCACGACAGCGACUGCCUCAGCCUUGGCCAUGUUGACGUGAAUGUAACAGUUACUCACAGUGGGCGUCAGUCGAUUCAGGUGAAGGCACAGGCGCUCGGUGACAUAUUUAAGCAUGCCAGAGUGAUGUCUUCAGAGUAGUUUCUGUUUUUUCUUUUCUUUUUUUAUUCUUCAAGACAGAGCUGGUCUCUGCUCACGGUCGACCCCCUCUAUCUCACCCUAGUGAAACUUCAGCUGCCACUUUUCCCAGGAAGAACUAAUAAACAUCCCCUAAAAUACACCAACCAAAAGGACUCGCUGCCUAUUUCAGUUGAGGAAGAAAUAUUUUUUCUUCUGUUUCCUCUGUGUUUUUCCGGGGACUUUUUCUUGCAUCACUAUUAGUCACCCUUGCUCUCAUCAGACAGUUUUCCGUCCAUCUGUCUCGACCGCUGCUCAGUGCUUGUGAGCAACUCCGAUGGCUGUCAGCAUGACCAUGGGACGGGACACCAAAUGGCUAACCCUGGAAGUGUGUCGUGAGUUUCAGAGAGGCACCUGCUCGCGGUCUGAUGCCGAGUGCAAGUUUGCCCACCCCUCCCGGAGCUGCCAUGUGGAGAAUGGCCGAGUCAUUGCCUGCUUUGACUCUCUCAAGGGGCGCUGCACACGUGAGAACUGCAAAUACCUGCACCCACCUCCGCACCUGAAAACCCAGCUGGAGAUUAACGGGAGGAACAACCUGAUCCAGCAGAAGGCUGCGGCAGCCAUGUUGGCUCAACAGAUGCAGUUCAUGCUGCCUGGAGCACAGUUGCAGCCCAUAACAACAUUCCCAAUGACGCCCUCCCUGGCAACGAGUCCCAGUAUGGCAUUCAGUCCAUAUCUGAGCCACAUGGGCCCAGGCAUGGGCUUGAUGCCUGAGCUGCUGCCCAGUACUCCCCUGCUGGUCCCUGGGAGUCCCACAGGCCUGACAGCCAUGGGCAACGGCACCUCCGCACAAAAACAUGUCCGCACAGACAAGCUCGAGGUUUGUCGAGAAUUCCAGCGCGGUAACUGCACGAGGGGUGAGAGCGACUGCCGCUACGCUCACCCCCUGGAGGCUGGCAUGGUGGACUGCAGCGAGAACUCGGUCAUUGUCUGCAUGGACUACAUUAAAGGCCGCUGCAGCCGAGACAAGUGCAAGUACUUCCAUCCCCCGGCUCACCUGCAGGCCAGGAUCAAGGCCGCACAGCACCAAGCCAGUCAAAACACAGCGUCCGCAGCCUUGGCUCUGCCUCCAGGUGCCAUGCAGCAGUUACCAAAGAGGCCGAUGUUAGAGAAGAGCAACGGAGCUGCUGCCACUGUCUUCAACCCCAGCAUGUUCCACUACCAGCAAGCCCUGGCUAACAUGCAGCUCCAGCAACCAGCCUUCAUCCCUACUGUAGACCCCUCUGAGCUUCUGACUCCUGAUCCAGUGGAGCUUCAGUGCGUUCCCAUGGAAACCCAUUUCUGUCCCGUCCCCAAACUGCUGGUGGCGGCUCCAGUGGCGCUAAACUCAGUAAGCCUUUCCCGAAACCCCAGUUAAAGUCCCUGAAGCCUGCGCACUACCAGGGUGGUCAACUUUCUGAAUGCAGCAAACAUGUGCCUCACCUACAGUGCACACUGACUGAGUGGCAAUGUGAAACUUCUUAAUAAGAUAGAAUGAAAGUAGGAAAGCUGCGAUGGUUCACGCAAUACAAGCCUGGACGUAUUACUGUUGCUUUAAAGCAGCCAUCCUGAUGCAUACUGACUUGAUCAGGCUGAGCAAUAGAGCUCCCUCAUUCUUACAGCCAUACAUGCCAACACCUUAAAAGUGCACACACACACACAACUACACACACACAGCGACAUACACACACAUUUAAGACUACAUGCCCUUUAUGGGUUGGAGCCAUCACAUGAGGCGAUCCAACACAUUUGACUGUUCCAAAGUCAGAAACUCUGAAAAGCUAAUUCUGGAAAUUCAGACCAGCUGCUGGUCUACAAGCAGUACAUGUUGUCAAAAUGAAAGAGUGUUUCAUAUCUUGUCAUGUUUACGUUUCAAGAUGGCUAAAAAUGUAAUAUUUGUGUUGUACUACGUCUACCAUUCAGUUUGUUCUCAUGGUCUCAUCUUGCCUGAUGAAACGUCAAUGAGUUGUUGUUAAUUUGUUUGUGCCUUUGAUUUAUCUGCUCAGCUGCAGAGGAGACUACGUUUCCCAAAAGAAUUCAAAACACUUAAUAGCAUACAUUGAAAGAUUUUCUUGUUUGCGAUCAAAGGCAAUAUCUGUUGUUACAAAAAUACUGUGUAUUAGCCUGUUAUUGUAAAAAAAAAAUCUAGUAAUUACAGUGAUUGCAACUUUAAAUUUAUAUUGUUUCGUAAAUGUUAAGUAUGAUUGAAAAGAUACAAAUCUACAGAGUGACAUACAAUUAGGAUUCAGUCACUUCUACACUAAAGGGGCUGAGUUGAGAGAUUUUUAAGAAUGUGGCUCUCAAUUUCUUGAUUUAAGAAACAAACUGCCUUAAAGCAGGUGAGGUCAUUGUUCUCUAUGUGAAGGCCUGUCUCUGUAAAACUCUACCAGUCAUAAACCAGACAGCUGAAAUUAUUAAAACUGUUGAAUCUGAGUGAUGAGGUAUCUUUAGCCAUGAUGUCUGAUCAGUGAUUGUUUCGUGGUUGUGAAGGGUGAUUGUCUAAUGAUUGAAAAGGAAGAUUUUUGUUUGUCCUGUUUCCUCCAUGAUUUGAUAUCCAAACAUGGUGUAAAAGAAUGACAAUCUACAGGCGGACUCAUGUUGAUUUGUUAUUACAGCCCUGCCACAAAACAAUAUGUCUGAGGGUCAGAUCUAAGAUUACAGACUUUUAUAAUUGGCAUCUCUCAAACUUUUACAUCUGAUGUCAGAGUUAUUGCACAAGAUGGAAGCAGGAUUUGUUUUCUGAUGUUGUGCCUAAAGUCUGUGUGCCAAGUGGUGGUAUAUGCAAGGAGAUGCCCCAUUUAAUGCAAUACAUGAAUAAUUCCUCCAAAUAAGUAUAUCCAUCUCAAACACAGAGAUGUAUUUUAAAAAGGCAGUUUCUUUGUGUAAUUGUCUCCUUUAAUAAUCCAAAAGCCGAUUGAAUAAGUGGCACAAGAUUUUUAUGUUUUAUGGCUCUUCAGGGAGAAAGCUUAGAACUUGAAAAUGUCCUGUCUGACUUUAUAAUGUGUCGUUUUUUCUACUGAUGUGCCCUUUUUGUCAAAAGCCAGAGUCUGAAUAUGGCAGCCACAGUUGUUAUAACCAGAACUGAGUUAUGGUAAAGCCAGGAGAUGGGGGAAUAAAUCACUCGUUUGAUGUCUGAUGGUAAAAAAAUAAAUAAUUAUAAACCAGUUGGAUGUCCAAAUGUCUGUAAGGAACCUCUCUGUAGGCGUACAAAAUUGAACAUAACAGCUUUGGAAACUGGACUGAAAUCACUUUUAUCCAAAUUCAAAUGUGCCUCUUUCAAGUCUCCUCAAACCACCACUGUCAAUACACUGUAAGAACAGACCAGUGCUCAAAGAUAGAUGUGUUAUUUGGUACAUUAUUAUAAUAGUAAAUCACAAUCACACACAAUCUGUAGUUUCUUCUCUUGAGACAGCUGUGCUGUCUGAUCGUUAUGUAAAGAAAUAAAUCAGUGAGUUGUGUGCAUACAUAAGUGUGUUGAAAGAGAAAAUGAAUCACACAUUUGGUUAGUUGUAAAUGCUGCAGAUAUUAAGGCAUCUCCCACUGAGCAUUAUUCAUUUUAAAUAAUGUUAUUGUGUCGUGAAUGUAUCUAAUGCAAAAACUCAACACAUGCCCCUCUAAAAGACAGGCAUGUUGAAAUGUAAUGAUUCACUAUAUAUAGACUAUUUCUGAGGUCACAUAGGUACCAUGCUGAUGCUGUGUUAAGACAUAUUAAAGUAUGUGUAUUGUUAUAUAGAUUUAUAUUUAAUGUCAAUGGGUGGUGUGACUACUUUUAGAAAUGUCUUUCACUCUCAGAAAGGGUAGAGCAGAAUUGUACUUUUUGAAGUACAAAUGUACACCAUACGUACAUAAGUACCAUAAGUACAUUACAGUACCAUCUCUUGUUAGUCCGUUUUUUCCCCCCUACUUUUGAAAGUACCCAAAAAAAAAAAACAAUGGUAAAUAUAAACAUUUGGAAAAAGUGAGAAAAUCAGCAUGUUAUGCUUUUUUUUUAGCAUUUUGUUCCUUUUUCACAUGACGUGGAUUGGCCGGUUCUCCCCUGUACUGAAGUCCUUGUUUCUGUUAAAGAAAAACUUUGGUAUUUUUCCGCCUGAACCCUAUUUUCCCAUGUUUUUGUGUCUAAGUAACUAAGGGAGACAACAAUUUUUGAAAUUGGUCUAGUAUGGAGUGAGGGGGCUACAGCCACAAAACUGGCUACAACGUAAUCCUUAUGGGAAAUUGCGCACCGUCAAAGUUGUUGUUUUUGCCACUUACAGUCUCAGAUAUUAUUAUAGGUGUCUGACAACAAUAUAGAAAGGACCCUAUAGAAAUACACCUUUUGGUGAAAGAGUCAGAUCCUUUUUAUUUCACCAGAAACAGCAGUUAUAUCACUAUGUUCAAAGUGACCAGACCACAUUGUCUUUCCACUGUUCAAACAGUGAAAAUAAGUCUAGUUUGGUAGAAUACACUCUUAAUUAACUAUAGAGUUAUAUGUGAAAAUAUCAGGAGUGGAGUAAGAGGGAGAUCGGGAGAGGAAUAUUUUAACAUCUAAUUGUUUAAUAAUAACAAUCGGAGCCUAUCAGUGGCAAAUACAAGCAUGUUUAGUGGUUGUACAUUAAUGGUUCCCAAUUGACCAUAAGGAUUACGUUGCAGCCGUCUCACUCCAUACUGGUCUCACUUGGACACAGAAACAUAGGAAAAUAUAGUCUAAGUUUAAAAAUAUCAAAGUUAUCCUUUAACUCCCAGUCUUGGUCUGGGGAGGCUGUAUACAGACGUAACAGUGUACACAGGCCAUCCAGUAGGAGAUGCUAGUGCUGCAACAUGGAUGUAAUCGGCUUCCCACCAUUAACACUGCAAACUGUGUUCAAUGAAGGCAAGUUGGAAGCAGCACCUCCUGGGAUUGACCCUGAGAUUGGGUGGAUUAAUGUGUUUUUCCCUGUUACAACCUGGGUGCCCCAAUCAAUGUGCUACCUUAACUGUAGCAAUUGUACCUUAAGUUCACGUUGAAUUGGUAUAAAUGUGUCCCUUAAAGGAACAGUACGCUUAUUCGCUUUCUUUCCAAGUUAGAAGAGAGAUUGAUACUGCUCUUAUGUGUUUGUAGUGUGUGAGUGUGUGAUUUGAAGCUCGAACCAGCAACCAAUUAGCUUAGCACAAAGACUGGAACCAGAGACAGCUACUCUGGAAUUGUCUAAAUUACUAAUCAACACUUCUUAAGCUCACUAGUUAAUAGAAUUAAUUGUAUCUUGUUUGUUUAAUCAGAACACAGGAAAGUAAAAAUAACAGUUUGUAGCUUCAGUGUGAGUUCCGUAUUGGAACUGUGUCUGGGAGCAGUAACAUUCUAGAACCUUCACGGUGAGGUUGCCAGGCAACCUUCAGUAGAAGUACUGGGUGUUUAUCUAAUUUAGUCUGCCUAAUUUAUUAAUUUAUGGGCCAAUGAUAAGUAAUUGUUAUAAACACAUAACAUUAACCAAAAAAUCGUAUAUAUAUAUAGAUACGGAUCCCUUACAUCAGUUUGUUUCCAGUCUUUAUGUUAAGCUAAGAUAACUGUCUCCUGGCUCAAGCGUCAUAUUUACCACACAGACAUGAGAGUGAUAUCAGUCUUCUAUCUAACCCUCAAAAUAAUUCUUUCCAAAAAAUAUGAAGUAUAUAAAUUUAUUUAAAAAAUCUUUUACUUGUUAUCUACAUGAUGGAUUAAAUAGUACAUAACCCAUUAUAUGCCUGUUAUAAUACAUCUGUAAAGAAAUGUACUUUUUGGUAUAGACACGUACUUCUCCUUUACCUUUUGAGUGUGUUGAGCAGCUACAUUUUCUUUGAAGAAUUUGAACAGAAAUGUUCCUCUCCUACUCGAUGAAAUUAAUUAUUAGAAUGUCCAGACAAAUGAGUUUGUCUAAAUCUUACAGCUUUGAAAGACUAGCUUUGUCCAGCCAAGAAAAACCCCCUCUCUCUAGCCUUCGUCUCCUCCCCCCUUUACAUCAUUAUGCCUUCACUAACUGCUGUCCAGCUGGGAAAAAAAAACAGAAUACUUGAUUAAUAAAUUGUGCCUCUUGAGGGCAUUUGAAUUUUUAAGUACAUUUCGAUGUACACCGUGUAUUGAUGCACAAGAGCAUGUUAGUUAGGGGAUUUGUGGUGUGGUGCGAGAAAAAUUAGUUCUUACCUCUUUCCCUUUCUCGUUUUCUUGCACUUGAUUUCCUUUAGGCCUCAUUGUAUUUUUCCCAUACAGUCAUGAAUCAUUUUCUCUGGAAUAUGCAAAAUGCUCUGAUCAUUGUGUCCAGUGACCAGAUCCUUUAGCAUGUGGACAGUUAAUUCAGUCCUGAGCAUACUUCUGUUGUCCGGGGCACAAACAAAGGGCCUUAUUUCUCGAUCACUGUAUAAAGAUGUGAUAGCUGUGUAUGAAAGUGACAUGUAUUAAUGGUAAGUUAAGCUUUUUUUUUAUCUGACAUUAAAAAAAAAACA